CAAAGUUCUCCAGCGUGAGCGCAGCAGAAUGUUUGCACCUGAAAAUAUAUUAGUUUUAAUUCGUGCAUGUGCCAAAAAACAAACAUGUCGAGCUCGAAUCUAAACACUGACAAAAGCAAAUUAGUGGAGGAGACGCAGACACCGAUAUGGAUCGUCCAUCAUCCUGUGUUCCAGCAGAUGAACUCUCUGGAGGUGGAAGAUAGCUCUCAGAUCUACGCAGCUUUUUUAGUUUACAUGGAUCUUACAGAAGUGCGUCACUGGGCCGAGGUGUCUUGUGUCAAGAGUGAGGAGCUGCAGCUUGUGUUGCUGGAGGCCAAGGAGAAGGAGGAUUCCUCCAUCCAGACUGUUCUCCCUCUACCUUCUGACCGAUCCCUCAGCCACAGGAGCAUCCGACACGUGCUGGACAGAGGUCACCCCAUGCUGCUGUGUGCCGUGGCGUCAGACUCCACUCUGGUGUACCAGAGGAUGACCGAUGGCCUGGUGACACCUGACCCGCCUGUCGGUCCGUUUCAGGACGUGGACCGGCGAAGGCAGAGGAAGAGACGACUGCAGAACUAAAGAGCUGAAGCUAAGAGGUGGAAGGGAAACUGAACUUCAGGUCAAACUUGAUCACUUGGUGUCAGCCUCCAGUUUCAUUCAUCAUCAUUUGACUGAAGUUGAGGAGGCGUGGCCACGAGAUCAUGAACUUUACAGCAUGUUUGUCUUUAGUUUGAAUUGUUCAUUUCAAGAAGCACAUUUUGUUACAUAAACAUUUCC